UGAUUCCAAGUGACCAUUCUAAUCUUUGUUCUGCGUUUCCUCCUUCCAGGUUCGUUGGAUGAUGUACUGGAUUGUAUUUGCCCUUUACACUGUACUUGAAACUUUUGCAGAUCUCAUGGUGUCUUGGCUUCCACUGUACUAUGAACUUAAAGUGGCAUUUGUUAUCUGGCUGCUAUCCCCAUACACUCGCGGUGCAAGUUUACUUUACAGAAAGUUCCUACAUCCUCUUCUCUCCUCACGUGAACGGGAAAUUGAUGACUAUAUUAGUCAAGCCAAAGAUCGAAGCUACGAUACUAUGGUGAAGUUUGGAAAGCAAGGUCUAAACUUUGCUGCAACUGCUGCUGUGACUGCUGCAGUGAAGAGUCAAGGCGCAAUCACAGAAAGACUGAGAAGUUUGAGUAUGCACGAUUUAACAGCAAUACAAGGUGAUGAGCCAGUAGGAUACCGUGCUGUCGAUGCCAGAAGGAAGGUGAAACAUUUGAAAGAUGAUGCUAACAGGAGUUUUAAUUUUGAUGAUGAUAUGGAUGGUAAGGGGCAGUCAGAGGAAGACCAUGAUGCUGCUCAUUCAGACGAUGAGAUUGCCAAACAGAAAUACCUCCGACGAUCACAGAGCCUUAAACUGAAACAGCGAGGCUAUCGUAAAGAGACCAGGUAUGGAUCACUGAAACUGAGAACAAAGAAGAGAACCCAAUGUACUUAUAUCACUACAGGAUGAAGUGACUAUUUUGCUAAAGAUUUCUACUGAUUGUGACUUAACCUGAAUAUACGCAGUUUGAUAUGUUAUAAAUAUUUCAAUUUUUCAAAAAAAAACUGCAAAUCCAUGGUUCCUACAUAGUCUCUUCUUGACUGAUCCCACUGAGUUAACCCUGCAAAUGACUGCCGCUUUCCUUGUAAGUGUGUCCUGUGAUCAGUGGGCUUGAAAGUAAUGAACAUUACUGGUAGUUUAUUUUUAAAAAAAUUAACAGGAAAUGUAAUCAUCAUUGAUCAACUUAACUUUUUGCCUGAAGUGUAAUCUGUAACUAUUGGAACAGAACAAAGAAGAAUUGGACAACUGAGAAACCAAGACUGAUUAUUUCAAGGAAAAAAUAUGAAAUACUUGAAUCCUAUAAUACUUCCAGGUCUUAAAAAUAACUUGAAUUUGAGCUAUCUUUAAAGCAUCUAAGUCAACAAAUAUUCCAAAUGCACUUUCUUCAUAGAAGUGCACACCUGACUCCAACUUAAAAUGUUUUCAGGAACGCUUGGUGACUUUGUAGAUUAAUAUUUGGAAUGUUAGUAUUGUAAUAUAUGUGCAUUUUACAAAUAACACGCUUCCAAAGUUGUGUAUUUUAAGCCAAAAUGCGAAAUUCUUGGUAUUUUCAAAUAUAAGUGUAUGGAACACUAAUUGCAUGUUUUUAUAGUUUUGUAAAGUUUAAUGGUGCCUUCACUUCAAUAAGGUUGGGAUGUGUUUAUGCUGUAAAUCCUUUAAUUUCCUUCAUUUUUAAACAUGAAAUAUACCGAUGUAAUUUUUGAAGCAAGUACUUGGGGAAAUUAUCAUGUGUAGUCUUGAAUGUAAAGUAUUCUCUGAAUUCUGCCAUUCGGGUAAAUGUUGACACUGUGUAGUAGAUGACUAUUUAUUUACCAGGUCCCCAAAAUAGCUGAAGUUUUGGUUGUGUUCUGAUGUGUAGAAUGCAGCUGAGCUGCAACAGAUAUACCAAUUAGUGCAAGACUUGGAGCUUAUAUUUUAAUAAAUUUACUUCUGAUAGAA